UGACAGGCGGGCAGGGCGAGCGCGUCACGCCGCCCGCGCUCCGCCCCCCGCUCCUGCUCCCGGCGCCGCCACCUCGGCCCGGCGCGGGCAGGCGCGCACGGCGCAGCCAUGGAGCCGGAGUGCCGGGUGCUCUCCAUCCAGAGCCACGUCGUCCGCGGCUACGUGGGCAACAAGGCGGCCACCUUCCCCCUGCAGGUUUUGGGAUUUGAAGUUGAUACGGUGAACUCUGUCCAGUUUUCAAACCACACAGGCUAUGCCCACUGGAAGGGUCAGGUGUUGAAUUCUGAUGAGCUUCAUGAACUCUACGAAGGACUUAAGCUGAACAAAGUCAACCGAUACGAUUAUGUGCUCACAGGCUAUACAAGAGACACAUCAUUUCUUGCAAUGGUGGUGGAUAUUGUCCAGGAGUUGAAGCAACAGAAUUCUAACCUUGUGUAUGUGUGUGAUCCAGUGAUGGGUGACAAGUGGAAUGGAGAAGGCUCUAUGUAUGUGCCCAAGGAUCUCCUGCCAGUCUACAGGGACAAAGUUGUACCUGUUGCAGAUAUCAUCACUCCUAACCAGUUUGAAGCUGAGUUGCUCACAGGGAGGAAGAUUUACACAGAAAAAGAUGCACUGGAGGUAAUGGAUAUGCUCCAUGCCAUGGGACCAGAGACUGUGGUGAUCACAAGCUCAGAUCUACAGGCACCUCUAGGAAAUGACUACCUGAUUGCUCUGGGAAGCCACAGAAAAACUAAAGCAGAUGGUACCAGGAUAACACAAAGAAUUCGGGUGGAGUCUCCUAAAGUGGAUGCUGUCUUUGUUGGAACAGGAGACUUGUUUGCUGCUAUGCUUCUGGCAUGGACACACAAGCACCCAAACAAUUUGAAGGUGGCCUGUGAAAAGACUGUGUCAGCCAUGCAGCAUGUUCUGCAAAGGACCAUUAAGAGUGCAAAAGUGCAAGCUGGAGAAGGAAACAAACCAAACUCAGCCCAGCUGGAACUGAGAAUGGUCCAAAGCAAAAAGGACAUAGAAAACCCAGAGAUCAUAGUGAAAGCCACCGUGUUAUAAAGGCUCCACGUCUCCAAUAACGCACAAUGUAUCGAUGUCCUCAUUUCUUUCCUGUAAAUUGUAAUAUUUGCCUUAGAUCUGUGACAGAAACCUGACUUUCAUGAAAUAGUGCCCAGCAUAGGCAGAUAUCCACUCUCAAACAUAUGUGCUGGCCUUGCUCAGUUUUGAAAACAGAACAGUUAGUGUGCAUUGAAGCAUAUUCCCAAGUAUCCCAAUGUCUGUCAGAUUCACUUAGUCUAUGUGAUUACCCAGGGCAAGAGAGCAAUGUUCCUGCCUUGCCAAAGACUGUAGAUGUGAAUUUGCUAAUGGAAUGCUUGACUGACUGGAAAAUGUAUUUCAAGAUGGCAUCUAGUGCCAAUGGAGCUGGCUCCAUGCUCCCUUUUCCUGGAGGUACCUGGUUACCUACUCUGGUAUUCAGUAUCUCAGCUGCUAUGAAACUAAGCAGGGUUAAAGCUACACACACAGUUCUGGUUGUGUGUAGGGGUACUUUGAAGAUGUUUGGCAUGUUCAGUACUCUGAAGUGACCUUGAGGUGUCAUUCAUGUUGCUGAUCUCUGCUCCUGUUUCUUGUCCAUGAGCAGCUGCACAGUUUUGGUUGUCGCUGGUUCCAGCUGCUUAUUUCUCAUGUCCAUGGGUGCCCACGUGAUUUUCCUCCAAAAGCUGCUCCAGAAACAUCUUCAUGAACAAGAUCAUGCCUUUAUUCAGUAGCACUGGUUAGAAGUGUGGCCUCUGAGGCCAGGUUUGAUUUUCUUUUAACUAAGGGCAAAAGAGAAAGCAGCUCUUACCCUGGAAGCUGGCUGCCUUGGUUUGUUCAUUGUGGGUGGAUGUACUUAAAAACUACAUGGGCACUUCAUUUCACAUUAGUGAGCUCUGCUGGCAGCUCAGCAAUGAAGCAAUGUAGGAAAAGUAGUAUUUUUGGUUUAGUAAGAUCUGGUCAGUUACACAUCUUUACCAAAUGCAGUGAAACAGAAAAAUUAACUUGUUCAAAAUGUCUCUGCAAGCAACAUCAAUUAGAGAUUACAGAAAUACAUUAUAAUUAUUAUCAAUAUCACAAUUCUGCUUGAUAAGGCUUCAGAAUGGGAUUUUUUAAUCCUGUGGAUCACAGCCACAUACUUUAGCAGCAGGGCAGGUCUGCUGACAGGUAUUGGUCAUUCACACUUCCAUAGGAUUUAUCUAUGGGAUCCAUGUUCUUGCUUGUCCCAAGAUAAAGUCUAGUGUGAUAUUAAAUCCAGAUGGAGUUGAUGAGCUUUACUUGUUUCAGACUGCAUAAGGGGAUGGAAAUUGCAUUUCUGAUUGAUUUCCUCUCUUCAUUUGGCAUCAAAAGUGAAAAAAAAUCACGUUAAUUGAGAAUUUAAGGGGAAAAAAAUAUCAGCAGGAAUUCAUCUACAAAAUGUGACUCUACUGCCACAGUUUUUAGUAACCACUGUCAUGAAAUAACUUUCUAGCAAUAAUAGUUUUGGUGUUGUGAACAGUUGCUAAAGUUAGCAGUCAGUAACAGAGAUAUGAGCUCAUGGCUGAUACCCAACCUGUAAAAAGAUGUGAACUACCUUGACAGUGUGCCCAAGUGUCUGAUGGGAAGCAGUGAAGAGGAAACCAGGCUCUUCUGAGUGGUGCCCAAGGAAGUGAUAAAUAGACAGUAGCACAAAUUGAAAUACAUGAAAAUCCUUUUAAGCAUUAGAAAAAUGUAAUUCACUGUGAAGGUGUUCAAACACUGGCACAGGUUGCCCAGAGAGGUGGUGGAGUGUCUGUUCUUGGAGAUACUCAGGUGCUGCCUGACCAUGGCCCUGAGCAGCCUGCCCUGCUUGGCCCUGCUUGCUCAGAGGUUGGACCAGAGCAUCUGCAGAGGUCCCUUCCAGCCUCAGCCAUUCCAUGAUUCUCUGAGCACAUUGAACUGCCUGUCUUUGCAGCGCUGGGUUUUUAAAUUUUGUUCUCCCUGCAACACAAACUUCCAGAUGGGCUGGAAAAUACCCAUGCUAAUAUUCCCCCCCACCCCUUUUUAGGUAAGCUGCUGUUUUUUGGGCAGCUGUGCCAGGAAGACAUUUACCUCUUUUGAGAUAUUUGCUUUCAGCAAAGAUAUUUAAAUACUGUAGCUGGUGAUAUGUUCCAACAGUGUAACACAAAAAGGAUUUAACUGUUUCUAACAUUGAUUAACCAAGUGCUGCAUGCCAUAUUCCAAACAGGAGUUUAUUUAUCUUUUAAAAUUAGACUAUUUCAUGUGGAAGUGUAUAAUCCCUGCCAUUCUCUCAGAAAGAAGGGAUCAACAUCCUGAGCUUCCCUGCAUGUGCAGACAAUGGUCAGUGCUCUUUUAGUAAGUGUGACACACAAUUUAUUUUGCUAUUAGAAUAAACAGACUUCACAAGAGGAUUGAGAGAAAGGGAAGGGCUGUUCUCUCUGAAUAAAGAAGCUUGGAAUUUGGGAAGCUUGGAGCUACCUUGCAAACAAGGUUUUAAUUGUAAACCAUGAUGGGCCAUGAUCUUGCCAUAAAAGACAAAGUGAUGUUUGUUGGAGCAGUUUAUACCUGUCAGGUGUAAUCUUUUCCCACUUC